CUUCACUUCACCACAACGGCAACACACAGCCGUACCAUUUCAGACAUACCCCGAUUAAAAAUCAACCCUUAGUCGUUGUAAUAGGAUUUGGAAUUCGGUGUUAGUGAAUGAACUAUGGUGUGUUGAGAACUGUGUUGAUUGGUGUCUUCUGAUACCCGUGAUUUGUCAUCAUGUUUACCGUACUGCAAACCAUACGGCUACUAGUCAUAAUACAACUGAUAAAAACCACCCGCUGUCAAAAUGGAUUCUCCGAGCAAGACCUUCUCCGUUACCAACAGAUGACUUCAAAUGAUGGCCAUAUAGAUGCGAUCAAUAACAUGUUACACAGAGAACAAAACAACCAGCAAUUAAGUUCAUCCAGCAUAUCAUUCAACCUAAACGAGGACGCUAACAAGAACAAUAACUAUGCCCGAACAUUUUAUCCACGGAGUAGAAAAGUUUACAGAAUCAAGAAUCCGUUCCAGCAGCAGAUAGAAGAAACUGAGAAGCAACCUGAGAACACGGAAGCACAGGACAGCGGUGCAGGGGCUAGUAACCAGUAUGCAUCGAUGCAGUACUCUUUACCACCAGAAGAAUUUCUUCAACAGUUAAGAGCAGAAAAUCAGUACUACCAACAGUCACAGGUAUCUACUCCAGCCCCAAACAUUGGGUAUACGGCUACUCCGCAGCCACAAUACCAGUAUUCGACAGUCUCUUCGCCAAACUACGAUAGCAACAACCAACAGAACAAUCAAAUACCAUUAGAGCCGAAAGCUUCACAUGGCCCAACGUACCUGUCUAGUCCUAGUCCUUACCAGUUUAGUACACCUAACACAUUUUUAGAUAGCGUACAAAGUACGGCAUCACCCAUUCCUUCAUAUUUGUCCACGCCAUUGAAUAAUGGUCAAUAUACUGGGACGCCGUCUAACUCGUAUGUUUCUAGUUCUUCACCAUUAUACCUUUCUAGUCCAAAUAAUUUGCAGUCAUAUGUUUCGUCACCAUUAUCAGUCAUACAAACCGGAACACCUGAGUAUAACAGAGUUUCAACAACUAUCGGGAAUAACCCCGUAAGUAACGAUUACAAUGAUCAAAAUAAGAAAAUGCAAAUAGAUCAUUAUGAUUACGCUGGCAAUGGAGUACGGUACCCUGCAAAUAUUCAACAACAAUUUUCAAACGAGUACUCAUCUUCCUCUACAACUACAAGUUCACCAUAUCAAGACCAGCUGAGAGAAUCAUGGCAAAAUACAAUGAAUUCAAAUUUGAAUGCAGCAUCGAAAUCUAUCCAAGAUAGUUCUUUUAACCAGUACCAAAAUUAUCAGUACCCAAGCUCCCAACAAGAUACUAGGUUAGAAUCAAAUGCAGAUAAUGUAAACAGUGAAACUCAUCGCAUUGGUACUAUGGCUUCUGCGAAUAAUUUGUAUGUUAACUACGUGCAGCCUGAUAAUCAAAUGUUGAAUAACCUGAAACUUCGUACAAGAGACUUGGAACAAGAAACAGGCCAAGAAAUAUACUCCAAUGGUGAUUUUGGAUGGAAACUUACUGGAAAGAAGCCUUUGAUAGAAUACAAUUCUUUUCAUCCAAGAUAUUCAUUGGGGAGUUCAUCUGAUGGCCCAGCAGUAAGUCAAAUGAACUUUCAUAUGGAAACUGGUAAGCCUUAUAGUAGCUACGACCAAGUUUCUAAGUCGGCUACGGAAGCUAUCGAAGCUCAAGAAUUUGCCAAAGCAGCUGCAAAGGCCCAAGAGAGGUUGAAACAGCAACAACAGCAACAACAACAACAGCAGCAGCAACAGCAGCAACAGCAGCAACAACAACAACAGCAACUAUAUGCAAGUAGCAACAACUAUGGAUCAUCUAACAUUGGUACUUUAGACAUCAAUAACGCAGGGAAUGGCUACUAUAGUAACAACGACAAAAAUAGGAAUAAAUACACGGAUAAUAACAAUCCUUACAUGUAUGGAAGUCAAAAUGAUCUCAUCACAGUAUCUCCGUAUUAUCUUUCGACAUCUAGGGAAAAUAUAGAUAACAAACCAAAACAACCUUUCGAUCAUGAUAAAGCAUUGAAGAAUAUUGUUCCCAUUGAUGUAUCUAAUGUAGUUGCUACUUCAGAUUCCUCAGUUAAAUCAGGUACUGGCUUGGAUAAUAACGGAAGGUAUUCAAACAGUUAUCAAAAAGAUCAACUGGAUCAAAAUGUAAGGCAAUACUUGAGACCAGUAACAGAUUCCUUCUAUAAGGAUAAAAAUUCUCUUUACGGUUUUAACAUCAAAACCAAAUCUGAUGACUAUGUAAGUUCUGAUAGUUUGAAACAAUUAGAGUCCAGUUUGUAUGGUAAGCAGUCUCUAUCUACUGAAACUAAUUAUAAUCCUGUUAGUUAUCCCGGGCAACCGCAAGGCCUAAAUUAUUUAUCACAACAGGCCAAUUACCAAGACAAUAUGCAAUCCUCAAAUUCACAGCAAGGAGGAUAUAAUCGCAAUCAACAAAAUCAGUUAUCAUCUGAAUUGGCAAACAUUCUGAAACUCAAUGAUAUCCCAUACAAACUAACUCAGGGUAUGUCAAGUGAUGCGUUAAAGUUACAUAAUAUCAAUUUCGAUCAAGGAGGUAUACCCACACCACUGCCGAUGCGUAUCAACCAAAAUGUUGGCAGUCAUCAGCUUGACGUCACAACUAACCUGCUCAGCAAGUUGUUAUUAAAUAAGCAACCUACUCUAAACAUAAACAGGCCGGAAAUAGACAGUCAAACUGGUAGUUUAUUGUCCACCAUAAACGGCUUUAAAGUUGCCAAUCCAUUUAAUAUGGACCUCAAGUUGGUGGCAGAAAUGUUGAAAGGUAAACCCACAGUGGAUGAUUCUCAAAUGAUAGCAUUGAGGGACCAGUACACUAAACCAGGACCAUUGAAAUUUGACAUGUCACAACUACAGUUCUUGUUAAAAAAUGAAAACACUGCUAACUUGGCGCCAAUCAACGACGGUCUUAGUGCUCUUGGUGGUUCCUACCUAGACCUUUAUAAUACUGGAAGAUAUCCUUACCAGGGUGUUAAAUACUCUCGAAGCCAGGAAGAAGAAGAAAGCAUUGUACCUAUUGCCGACGCAUCUAAUACUCAUCCUAUUGGUGCCGUCGUAGAACAAGAUGACUUAGCAAAUGAAAGAGACGUUAGUUCUGCAUCUGACAUAACAGGACAAGGUGAUGACAUCAUAACUAGUAACUUUGAAGAAAGUAGAACCAAAAGCCGAUAUUUGCCAGGUUCUAGAGUAAACGAAAGGCAUAGACAUCCCAAUAUGUUAUCAGGACGCCAUUUGUAUCAAAGAAAGUAUCCUAAAGCUGACGUAAAUGAACCUUACCCUUUAUUAAAACCACCUCCUCCGCACUCUCCCAUAGGUAGGGGUAGUCAUAUGAAAAUGGAAAAACACGCUCGCAGACGGCGUGUUAACAAACCGAAACUACUUCGAAUCAUGAAGACUGAGCCAUUAUUUGAGGCUGGUGCUGUUACUGAAAGUUUAGAGACGUCUGUACCAAUAUUACUGCGACCACCGCCACCGGUUGCUGAGUCAAAAUCAGAUACCGUCAGUGCCGAGGAUACCACGUAGGAUAUCGUAACUUAUUGUAUAAUUUAUUACUUGUGUAAGUACAUUUUCUGAAUUGAUGUACAAUGUUCUAUGUUGUAUUUAGAUAUUUAAGUUGUUAUUUAAUUUAACUUUUGUAAUAUUAUUACUCUAAAAAUGAAUUUCGGAC